GGUGUCGAGCCCAGCUCGCGCUGGAAUACGGCAACAGCGAAUAUAUACAGUAUUUUUUUUUUUACACAUAUACAUAUAUAUAUAUAUAAAUAAAACACAUUAAAAGAAACGGAUGUGCCUCCGAAAACGAAACGGAUACCGUCCACCUGAUCAUUUUAAUGCAAAAAAUUGAGAGGUCCGUGGCCAAGAGGGGAUGACAUGCAUGUUCCGAGGCUGUUAACAUCGCUGAGGAUUAGAAGACCAAUAGGCUGCCAAGAGCUGUCAAGCCAUGAUGGACAUACUGUACACAGGCCCUGUCCCGGCAGACGGAGGGUCUCCAAUGACUGCCAGCGAGAUGUCGCCCAGGCAGACCAACACUCAGAGACCAAACACAUGCUGCUUCUGCUGGUGUUGCUGCUGUAGCUGCUCAUGUUUCACCGUUAGGAAUGAAGAGGACAGAAGGAGGAAAUCCCUGGAGACGCAUCUGGAGACCAUAUCAAACUGUGAACCUAGCACCAAACCAACAUUAGAGGAGAUUAGCAUCUGGUCCCAGUCGUUCGACAAGCUGAUGAAGAAUCCUGCAGGUCGAAACGUGUUCAGAGAGUUCUUAAGGACUGAGUACAGCGAGGAGAACAUGUUGUUCUGGCUGGCCUGUGAAGACCUCAAACAGGAGAUGAACAAGAACACAGUGGAGGAGAAGGCACGCAUGAUCUACGAGGACUACAUCUCUGUCCUGUCCCCCAAAGAGGUGAGUCUGGACUCCCGGGUGAGAGAGGUGAUUAACAGGAAGAUACAGGAGCCUACGCCCUACACCUUUGAGGACGCCCAGCUUCAGAUCUAUACCUUAAUGCACAGAGACUCCUAUCCUCGCUUCCUCAACUCGUCUCUCUACAGAUCACUGGUUCACCCAGGCUCCCGCACCUCCUCAGAGUCCUAGCUUCACCCAGGCUCCCGCACCUCCUCAGAGUCCUAGCUUCACCCAGGCUCCCGCACCUCCUCAGAGUCCUAGCUUCACCCAGGCUCCCGCAGCUCCUCAGAGUCCUAGCUUCACCCAGGCUCCCGCACCUCCUCAGAGUCCUAGCUUCACCCAGGCUCCCGCACCUCCUCAGAGUCCUAGCUUCACCCAGGCUCCCGCACCUCCUCAGAGUCCUAGCUUCACCCAGGCUCCCGCAGCUCCUCAAGAGUCCUAGCUUCACCCAGGCUCCCGCAGCUCCUCAGAGUCCUAGCUUCACCCAGGCUCCCGCACCUCCUCAGAGUCCUAGCUUCACCCAGACUCCCGCACCUCCUCAGAGUCCUAGCUUCACCCAGGCUCCCGCACCUCCUCAGAGUCCUAGCUUCACCCAGGCUCCCGCAGCUCCUCAGAGUCCUAGCUUUACCCAGGCUCCCGCACCUCCUCAGAGUCCUAGCUUCACCCAGGCUCCCGCACCUCCUCAGUCAUAGGUUCACAACAUUUCACUCACACACCUCUCUCUCUCUCUCUCUCCAUCCACUCCCCCUCUGUCUCUCACCAUCCACUCCCCCUCUUGUCUCUCUCCAUUGCACAACCACUAAAGGAGAAAAUAUUUAUCCUUUUGUGGAUUUUUCUAAUGAUUGUUGUAGGAAUUUUCUGUAGGAUUUUUUGGGUUGCCAAUUCCUUUCACGGUUGUUGUUUUUUUUUAUUUUAUUUUUUACGAUGAACUCACUUCGUCAUGCCAUAUAUGGAUUUCCUGACUGCACAGACACCCACAAAUGCUUCCCUAUUCCCUGUAUAGUGCACUACCCACAUAGGGCUCUGGUCAAAAGUAGUGCACUAUAUAGGGGAAAAGGGUUUCAUUUGACAAGCCAAGUUAACUGGAAGACACAGGGUUGUUUCACAGGAGGAGACAGACACGGUAUUUCUGUUGUAUUUAACUGCUUGUGGUGACAGCUGCUUCAGCAUCAACUACUGAUUAUUUGGAUUUACAUACAACAAAUCUGCUUCUUUUUUUGUUUUAUAUAAACUGUAUUUGUAUUUAUUGUACUUUCUCCUGACAAAUGUCCUAAUUUUGGAAGAGCGCUCAGAUAAGAGAAACUCGGCAAUAAGACACUG